UGGAGAGGCUUCAUUUAUUGAAUGGUACAGUGCCCAAAAAUGGUAGCGUUUGGCACCAAUCCUAUGUCCCCGUACUUCCCCCGGGGCCCGCCCUGCUCCUCAAGUUGUGGCAUAUAUAAGCUGCAGCAGCCAGCCAUACAGCACAGUUCACCAUGACAAAUCGAGGCAAAGCAGCAUCACCCAAGGGUCUGGAAGAGCAGGGCUUCGGCCAGGAAGGGAUCGGCAAGGACACCAAUGCGGCGAACAUGAUGUCCCGCGCCGACACCACCAGCCAUGGCAAGAAAGUGGUCUCCGAGUUGCAGAGCGCCGGGGCCAAGGGGGAAGACUUCACUGGGUCUCGCCUGACUCGCGAGGGGCUGGAUGACGCUGGCCUGGGACGCGACGGCGUCGAGAAGGGCGGCUUUGGAGCCCAGAUGCAGAGUGACGUGGACAAGGCCGGCGUUGGCGGCAAGGUGAAGGCGGCUCUGCAGCACGUGGGUGCCAAGAAGUAAUCAGCCGACAGAGGCGGCACUCUUUGUGAGGGGUGGCAAGCAGUAGCCGCCUGAAGGAUGAUUAAUACGAAAAUAGAUUUUAAAUGUCACCGGUAGCUUGUUUCAUCAGCAUGCAAGACUCGGCUGUACUCUGUUUAAUUUGUAUGUAUUAUGUUAUAGCUUAAAACUAAAUUUGAAUAAUUUCACAUAACAUUUGAGAAAAUAACAUUUGAUUUUACCCAAUGUGAAAUUAAGUUUUAUAGCAUUGAAUUUAAAGUUGCAUUAUUUCUAAUAAAUUUGUAAAAUAUGCACAAUUUGUGUGAGAGGUGACAUUAAAUCUUUAAACUGAA